AUGAAGUUUGUCAAUUCAGUCGCUAUUGGGGAAUUGAAGGAAAUCCUGAGAGCAAGAAAGUCUAAAUUUGACAAGGGAAAGUAUCAGCAAACUGAAGAUGGUGAAACAGGUGACUUACACCCACCUGUGGCAGGGUGUUACAGAGACUUAGAGUCCUUUCUAAUUAAGUUAGCAGGCUUGUAUCUAGUUAUUGAUAGCAAAUGACCAGGGUUUUUGACUUGGUUUGGUCUUGAAAAGGGCUCUUUUCUGGUGACAUUAGGUGCAGAUGGGGCCCCUUUUUGUAAACACAAUGAAGCUACCUCCUGGCUUGUAUCUUUCCUUAAUGUUGGAGAAAGAGUAGCAAGUUGUGAUGAACAUCAUUUAAUCUUCGGUGCGAAUUGCCCUGAAAAACACCCAUCAGUUAUAGAAUAUGGCAAGCAGUUAAGGAAACAUAUCAAAAGGAUUGAAAAAAGCUCAUAUGAAAUUGAGAACCAGAGGGUCACAUUUGCACUUGAAUUGCUGCCAGCUGACAUGAAAUGGUUAGCAUUUAUAUCAGGGGAGCUGCCCAAUUCCGCUAAAUAUUUUUCGUCAUUUGCAGAUGUAUCAGCAGAUAAUAUUCAGGUUAUGGGUUCUACUUGUGGUGGGCCAGGUGAUUAUUUCAAACCUUGGAAUUACAACAACCAAGUGAAGUUGCUCAAAAGGUUGAAGCAUUUAAACGUAAGCUAA